CACAAAACAGGAUGAUUUCUUCAUCCUGCAUGAAGCCGAGGCGGAUACGCUCCUGGAAUCCAUCUUCAAGACAGAAGUCAUUAGCCUGCUGUGCAAACGCUACGAAGAAGCCACCAGUGGGAAACUCCAGCUCCAUUUCAGCGACACACUACAAUUCCGUGUGAAGAAGGAAGGCUGGGGCGGAGGCGGCACCCGGACAGUGACUUUUAUGAAUGGUCCAGGCAACGUGGCUUUUCUCAAAUCAUCCGGAAAGAAUCUUUGUGUCAGCAUCGGGAGUGGGCUGCCUAAGAAUUCCAAGCCAACCCGGAAAGAAAUCCAGCAAAGCAGAGGGCGUCCUCCCAAGCACUCAGCGCCAUCCCGAGCUGCUGCGCCACUUCCAAGAGGAGGAAAUCAAUCAGUUAUCUGCAGGAAUGGAGCUGCUCAACUUCCUUACAACACCAGGCAACAGGAGAUGACCUACUGCAGCCCCCAAAUGCCUGGAUCAGGUCCCCCCGCCACAGCACUUCCGAGACAAAAUAUGGCACGGCGGCCAAAGGCCAGGGUACCCCCAGAUCAAAACAUGGAGUUCCUCAGUGUCCCCGACCAGGGCAUGGCUGGGACACAAAGGAAAAGAAGCAUUAGCCAAAGGCCACCUCCUGCUGCAGGAAGACCCAAACCACAACCCAAGAUUUCUGGACCACGUUGCCGGGCUUUGUACCGGUAUGUUAGUCAGGAUGUGGACGAACUGAGUUUCAAUGUGGGCGACAUCAUAGAUCUCUUGAUGGAAG